AAAACAAUGGAUACCUACACUCAGAAUCGGCAACAAGCGAAACUAGGUUAUGAUACUACAUGGAAAGGAAUUGUUUGCGUCGAUGGACUCACAAAAGGUCCUGAUGCCGAUUUUGGCAACACUUGGUAUAACGAUCAUCAUUUCCAUUACGGAUAUUUAAUAUACACUGCAGCUAUUUUACGCCAUCUAGAUGAAGAAUGGGGAAAACAAAAUGAAGAUUGGGUUUAUAAUUUAAUUCGUGAUGUUGUAAAUCCUUCCGAAGAAGAUUCAUAUUUCCCCGUAUUUCGAUCCUUUGAUUGGUUUAACGGGCAUUCAUGGGCAAAAGGAUUAUUUCCAUCGGCGGAUGGAAAAGAUGAAGAAUCCACUUCAGAAGACGUAAACUUUUAUUACGCAACGAAACUUUGGUCCAUCGCUUCAAACAGACCAAGUCUUACUCAACUUAUGGAUUUAAUAUUAGCUAUUCUUUCAAGAUCUUUAAGAAAUUAUUUUUUGAUAGAAGAUGAUAAUAAGAAUCAUCCAACAAAGUUUAUUAAGAAUAAAGUGACAGGAAUAUUAUUUGAGAAUAAAGUUGAUUACACCACAUACUUUUGUGCUGAUGUUGAAUGUAUCCAUGGAAUUCAAAUGCUUCCGAUAACACCUAUAACACCUUAUACGCGUGAUAAAACCUUUGUAACACAAGAAUGGGACCAAAAAUUAGGACCAAUAAUAAACUCUGUGAAUAACACUUGGAAGUCGAUCUUAUACUUAAAUUAUGCAACAAUAAAUCCUGAAGCAGCAUAUCAAUUCUUUUUAAAUAAUGGUGAUAUACCAUUUGAUGAUGGGUUAAGUAGAACUUGGGCAUUAUUUUGGAGUUCUAUUGCCGGUAGUAAUGACACACUUUUGGAGAAUG